AUGGUCUCUACUUACAGAUUCUCUUCCAGCUCCCGUAACAUUGCCCUUUUGAGUAUUUUCGCUGUCGUCGCCGGGGGGUACCUCGCUUUUCGAGCCCAAUCGCCCAGCAAGAACGAGCCAUUGGUGUCGAAGAAAGAGGUCGAGACAAUGUCUGGGAGUCCGGCCGGAUUGAUGGCAUAUUUCUCUGUCGAAAUGAAGGCUGUACUUACGGUGUUGUUUGUUCGUCUUCGGGUUGAUGAAUCGGAUCUCUUCGCCCAGAUGUGUCGAUACAUGCCUGUCUCUCACCCUGUCAUCGCCCAGCACAGACCUACUGGGGCGGCUCCUCGGCGACAUGGAGUUGCAUGCGAAGCCGCCGAGUCCAUCCGCUGGUCGGUCCUUGCAAAUCCGGAGAAUCUUCACAAGAAGGAUAUCGAGAUGAUGGUUCGCGACAGCUGA